AUGGAAAAAAACAAUGAGAGUUCUCUGGUGGGUUUUGUACUUUUAGGCUUCUCAGACCACCCUCGCCUGGAGGCUGUGCUCUUUGUAUUUGUCCUUUUCUUUUACCUCUUGACCCUUGUGGGAAAUUUCACCAUCAUCAUCAUCUCAUAUCUGGAUGCUUCUCUUCAUACCCCUAUGUAUUUCUUUCUCAGCAACCUCUCUCUACUGGACCUUUGCUUCACUACUAGCCUUGUACCUCAGACCCUAGUUAACUUUCGAGGACCAGAGAAAACUAUCACUUUUGGUGGUUGUGUGGUACAACUCUAUAUUUCCCUAGCUUUAGGCUCCACUGAGUGUAUCCUUCUGGCUGUAAUGGCCUUGGAUCGCUAUGUUGCUGUCUGCAAACCCCUCCACUAUGUGGUCAUCAUGAAUCCACGGCUAUGCCAGCAGCUGGCAUCCAUUUCCUGGCUCAGUGGAUUGGCCAAUUCCCUGAUUCAUGCUACAUUUACUUUGCAAUUGCCUUUUUGUAACAACCACAGGCUGGAUCAUUUUAUUUGUGAAGUACCAGCUCUCCUCAAGCUGGCUUGUGUAGACACUACCAUCAAUGAGUUAGUGCUUUUUGUUGUUAGUGUUCUGUUUCUGCUAAUCCCCCCAGCACUAAUCCUUAUCUCUUACGGCUUUAUAACUCAAGCAGUGCUGAGAAUCAAGUCAGUGGAGGCAAGGAACAAAGCCUUCAGCACCUGCUCCUCCCAUCUUACAGUGGUGACCAUUUUCUAUGGCACCAUAAUUUACAUGUACCUGCAACCAAGUAACAGUUAUGCUCAGGAUCAAGGCAAGUUCAUCUCACUUUUCUACACUAUGGUGACCCCCACUUUGAAUCCUAUUAUAUAUACUUUAAGAAACAAGGAUGUUAAAGAUGCUCUGAAGAAACUACUUUCAGGAAAACUGUUCUUUUUACAGAUGUGA